UAAGGUUUGUAGUAAUAAAAUUAUAACGAUAUGAAAAUAAAUUUAAAUCUCAAUAUAAUGAUAUAAUUUUUAACAAAUAAAAUUAAUUUUAUAUUAUACUAAGUGUUGGCCAAAUGUUUUAAAUGUUAAAUAUUAAAAUACGUGCGUGUCAUAUAUUAUGGGAAAUAGGGAGAAUUUUCUAAAGGUAUUCAACUGAAUACCCACGAGCCCCUUGGGCCUGCCCGCCCCUGGUUGAAUAUCUGAAUAUUUUACACCGUUUUCUUAAAUAUCUGAAUUAGAUCAAAUAAGCAGACCAUGAAGGUUACUACUGCAUCUGGACAUCUCCUCUUGGUGUUGUUUGCUUCCAUCUUCCACCCAGCCGUCAGCUCAAUUUCAGGAAAUGGAACAGAUCGACUUGCAUUGCUAGAAUUCAAGAAUGCAAUCACUCACGAUCCACAGAAAUCCCUAAUGUCUUGGAAUGACAGCAAUCACUUGUGCAGCUGGGAAGGUGUCUCGUGCAGCUCCAAGAAUCCACCUCGUGUCACCUCUAUUGAUCUCAGCAACCAAAAUCUUGCAGGCAACAUUUCCCCUUCACUUGGCAACCUGACAUUCCUCAAGCAUCUGUCAUUGGCGACGAACGAGUUCACCGGACGGAUUCCUGAAUCUCUCGGCCACCUGCGUCGUCUCCGAUCACUCUACCUGAGCAACAACACGCUCCAGGGGAUCAUACCGAGCUUCGCCAACUGCUCCGAUCUGAGGGUGCUAUGGCUGGAUCACAACGAGCUCACCGGAGGACUCCCCGACGGCCUGCCUCUUGGCCUCGAGGAAUUGCAGGUCUCGUCGAACACUCUCGUCGGGACUAUCCCUCCCUCGCUCGGCAACGUCACGACGCUGAGGAUGCUUCGCUUCGCGUUCAACGGCAUCGAGGGUGGCAUCCCAGGCGAGCUCGCGGCGCUGCGCGAGAUGGAGAUACUGACCAUCGGCGGCAACCGGUUGUCAGGUGGGUUUCCAGAGCCGAUCAUGAACAUGUCGGUGCUCAUUCGGCUCAGCCUCGAAACCAACCGCUUCAGCGGCAAGAUGCCAUCCGGCAUUGGUACCUCGCUGCCUAAUCUAUGGCGGCUCUUCAUUGGCGGCAACUUCUUCCAAGGGAAUCUCCCUUCUUCCUUGGCAAAUGCUUCGAAUCUUGUUGAUCUUGAUAUUUCUCAGAAUAACUUUGUUGGGGUGGUGCCUGCUUUCAUUGGCAAGCUUGCCAAUCUUACAUGGUUGAAUCUUGAGAUGAAUCAGCUCCAUGCUCGUAGCAAGCAAGAUUGGGAUUUCAUGGAUAGCUUAACCAACUGCACUCAGCUACAAGCAUUAUCUAUGGCUGGGAAUCAGCUGGAAGGACAUUUACCAAAUUCAGUAGGAAAUUUUUCUGUUCAGCUUCAGCGUCUUUACUUGGGACAGAAUCAAUUAUCAGGGAGUUUUCCUUCAGGCAUUGAAAACCUUCCAAACCUGAUAGUUUUUGGACUGGAUUACAACAGGUUUACAGGUUCUGUGCCACCAUGGCUCGGCGGAUUGAUAACAUUGCAGGUACUAAGCUUGACUAACAACAAUUUUACAGGGUAUAUUCCUUCCUCCCUUUCCAAUUUGUCACAUUUGGUAGAGCUUUAUCUGCAAUCAAAUCAGUUGCUUGGAAACAUACCUUCAAGCUUUGGAAAACUUCAGUUCCUUACAAGAAUCGACAUUUCUGAUAACAGUCUUAAUGGUAGUCUGCCAAAGGAGAUCUUCAGGAUUCCGACGAUAGCAGAGGUUGGGUUCUCAUUCAACAAUCUCAGUGGAGAACUUCCUACAGAAGUAGGGUAUGCCAAGCAACUCCGCAGUUUGCAUCUCUCAUCUAAUAAUCUGUCGGGAGAUAUUCCUAAUACUUUGGGUAACUGUGAAAAUUUGCAAGAAGUGGUGCUAGACCAGAAUAAUUUUGGUGGAAGUAUUCCUGCUUCGCUUGGCAAAUUAAUUAGCCUGAAAUCUCUCAACCUGUCACACAAUAUAUUAAAUGGUUCAAUACCAGUGUCACUUGGUGAUCUUGAGCUUCUUGAGCAGAUAGAUUUGUCGUUCAACCAUCUUAGUGGUCAGGUCCCAACUAAAGGAAUUUUCAAGAAUUCAACUGCCACGCAUAUGGAUGGAAAUUUGGGGCUUUGUGGAGGUGCACCGGAGUUACACCUACCUGAAUGUCCCAUUGUGCCUUCAAAUAAAAGUAAACACAAGCUAUAUGUAACACUGAAAGUUGUGAUCCCAUUAGCCAGCACGGUGACACUUGCCAUAGUGAUAUUGGUCAUAUUUAUCUGGAAGGGAAAACGAAGGGAAAAAUCAAUAUCUCUAUCCUCAUCUGGUAGAGAAUUUCCCAAAGUUUCUUAUAGGGAUCUUGCUAGAGCAACAAAUGGGUUCUCAACAUCCAAUUUAAUUGGAAGAGGGAGAUAUAGUUCUGUAUACCAAGGACAACUAUUUCAUGAUAUAAAUGCAGUUGCUAUCAAGGUCUUCAGUCUAGAGACAAGGGGAGCACAAAAGAGCUUCAUUGCAGAGUGCAAUGCUUUGAGAAAUGUGCGACAUCGCAAUCUAGUUCCUAUCUUAACGGCAUGCUCAAGCAUUGAUUCAAGUGGGAAUGACUUCAAAGCAUUGGCAUAUAAAUUCAUGCCAAGAGGAGACUUGCAUAAAUUACUGUACUCAAAUCCAAAUGAUGAAAGAUCUUCAGGUAUAUGCUAUAUUUCACUGGCCCAAAGGUUAAGUAUUGCGGUUGACUUGUCUGAUGCAUUGGCAUACCUACACCACAGUCAUCAAGGAACAAUUAUUCAUUGUGAUCUCAAACCUAGCAAUAUUCUUUUGGAUGACAAUAUGAUAGCUCAUGUUGGAGACUUUGGACUAGCAAGGUUCAGAAUUGAUUCCAAAACAUCUUUCGGUAACUCAAAUUCUACAAUAAAUGGCACCAUAGGAUAUGUUGCUCCAGAAUGUGCCAUAGGUGGUCAAGUUUCAACUGCUGCAGACGUAUACAGCUUCGGGGUUGUUCUCCUUGAGAUUUUCAUAAGGAGGAGGCCAACAGACGACAUGUUCAAGGAUGGAUUGACCAUUGCAAAGUAUACAGAGAUAAACAUCCCUGAUAAGAUGCUGCAGAUUGUUGAUCCUCAGCUAGUACAAGAGUUGGGCCUGUCCCAAGAAGAUCCAGUGCGUGUCGAUGAAACUGCAACACAUUGCCUUCUUUCUGUACUGAACAUUGGACUGUGCUGCACCAAGUCAUCCCCGAGUGAGCGCAUCAGCAUGCAGGAGGUGGCUACCAAGCUACAUAGAAUCAGGGAGUCAUAUCUUAGAUGAAUACUACAGGAACACUGUCUGUCCUAUCAGAACUUCAAAUAAAAGUAAACACAAGCUAUCUGUCGUGGUUAAAGUAGUGAUCCCAUUGGCCAUCAUUGUGGCACUUGCCAUAGUGAUACUGAUCUUGUUUAUCUGG